CAAUUUUCCAAGCAAUGCCAGUGAAUAUUCGUGACGUUUGCAAUAACAACAAAUACUCACACAAGGUGGAUCUUGUUAUUUUGUUAAUUUAUUUAGAUGCAGCCAGAAGUGCCAUCCAAGAGAACGUUCGGUAAAGAUGAUUGAAAGGGCCUUGCAGUCUUUUGUGUUCCCGUCAUCCAAUCAGCGCCUUUGACUGUAAUGACGUCAUUGCAAUUACCUUAUGAGUCUAUCUUUAAAGAAAGCAGAAUUAUUUUCUCUGAUGUUUGGCGAUUUGAUGAAGGCGGUGGAAUAUUUAGUGUGAAGUUUGUAUUAACUUGAAUGGAGGUGUCAUCGCUUCCAACGUUUAAAGGAACUAUAUGUAGAGCAAAGUGUAUCGAAUAUGAGAAUAUUAUUUCCAAUAAAGCUAAUACAAGUCAUCUGCGCUAGCUCAGUUAGCUGUGAUUUCGACAUUGUAACGUUGAGGAGAUGACAUGCAAAAUAUAUUGUUCAGAAACGUGUUGUGCUAGAAGUUGAUUCACCUGUGCAACGGAUUAUGUAAAACAAUACUCUUUUAAAAUUGAAAGUGAAACUAUUGUCUCGGCGAAACGAUAUAAUAGCAAUCGUUGGGACGUCUGCUUCUUCAGUGUCAUCAUCACCAUUGUCAUAAUCAUUGUCAUGAUAGGAUAUCUGGAGCCGCAGUGAACAGAAAGCUCAAGAAAAUUACAUAGCAGCGUAUUGCAAUCUUCAUUUAUCCCUUUGGGUCGUGUUUAUUUUUCUUUUCUUUUUUUUUGGGACUGAGAGCUUUGAUAGUUCAGGUUUCUGGUUUGAUGGACCUUUGUUUUCAAAACAACGUAUUUAAUACAACAACUGUGAUUAACUGCUUUGUAAAAAGGAAAACAAACAAAUAAACAUAAGAGUGGGAUAAUUUCUUUAAAAGUCGAACGUACGAGUGACAUACUCUCACCACCCAGUUUUUUUUUCAUCUGUAUUUUAAAAAAAAUAAAUUGUCAAGAAUGAGUACGGUACCAGAAGCUACUACUCAAUCCAGUGUGUCGAGCGAGUCCCUGGAAGUGACCCUAGUGGACAUCGGCCUGUGCGUCUUCUCCGCACUUCUCUCCAUCUUCGUCAUCGGCAGUAACGUCAUCACUAUUCUGGCAAUCUGGAAAACCGCCGCCCUCAGGUCUAUCACCAACGCCUAUGUUGCCAGUCUGGCAGUUACAGAUAUGAUCGUCGGCUUCGACUUGAUCCUCAUGGCCCUCUUCAUGUUACCCAACCUGAGAGCCGAGUUGUUUUACAAAAGCAUCCACGCCUGUGUGCUCAUGCAGGGUAUCAGCAUCGCCAUGACAGUCCUCUCGGUAAUCCACAUGACCUUCAUAGCUGUAGAACGUUACAUGUACAUCUGUAAACCUUACUUAUAUCCUCGAGUUGUAACCAAACGAUUCGUUUCCUGCACUCUGGCUUUCGCUUGGACGUUUGGAAUAUUCUACGCCAUUCUUCCGCAGUUCACGCAUGUGCCGUAUGGAGAAAUACCUCUGUGCGACAUCACAAAGACUUUGCGGAUCGAGUACCUGUUCUACUGCAUCUCAGCCAUGUAUUUUCCCGUAGUCUGCAUUAUCGUGGCCAUGUACGUCCUCAUUCUCCGAGUGGCUCUCCGACAGACCAAAGCCAUCUCCUCCACAGUUCCCAGUGUCACAGGAGCCAUCUCCCAACAAGGCAACACCGGCACCGGCGACCAACACAAGAACAGCAAAGACAACGCAUCUAGACGAGCCACCUUGAAGAGUGUCAAGUUCUUCUUGACUGUGUUUGGUGUGUUCUUCGUCUGUGUCACGCCAACGGUUGUGGUUGCUGGUCUGGACUUUUACACGAUGGUCCCGCCAUCCCUGUACCGUCUCUUCAACGUAAUCACUUUCAUGAACUCCGGCAUGAACUUCAUCAUCUACGCCGUUCAGAACCAGCAGUUCAGGGCUGCUUUCCUCAGACUGGCUCCCUGGAGCAAGGCUCGCUACUGACCUUGACAUAGAUCAUUACUUGUUUUAUAGAAUAGAACGGGCUACUGAAUGUUACCGUAUGAACUCGCCUGGUAUACGAGCGAUUUAAAAAGUAUGAGGCCCAAAAUGUACACCUCCCUGUCCUGUAUCAUAUGAUGUAAGCGCCAAACACUGCCAGGGUCGAAAAUUACUUGUGGUUUGUUACAAAUCUGUAAAUUAAAACAUAAUUAAAUAAAUAUUAUUAUCAUGGCGUGUUCGUUGGAUUAUCAGCCACUCAAGCCUCACAGAUUAAACAAAUCUCAAAGCAAAACAACAGUUUUUAAAAGUAUGACACUAAUAUUAUUUCGAUGCCUUAGUGGUACGUGAUUUAAGGGUCGACAGCAUGUCAGAAAUUCACCCAGAGCUACAC